AUGAAAAUCUCGAGAAUUUCAGCGAGAUUUGUAAGGGUCUAGUUAUAGCUCAUUUUCUAGUCGAUAACUUCAGUCAACAUGGAAGCAUGCAACGGUCUGUACGUCAGCUGCCCAUAGGGUGUGAUAUCUUGGUCAUAGGAGAUUCCAUUAUUCGUAACUGUACACUUAACCUCAGCGAUUUAUCUUCAGAGACCCUUUGUUUUCCUGGUGCGACUGUUGCUAGUUUACGGACACGUUUACUCCAUUGUUUUGAUUCUGGUUUCGACUCGUCAGUACAGUACAUUUUUAUUCAUAUUGGAACUAACAAUUUAAAAAAUAGUUUCUGGGAAAAGGACAGGAAAGACUUCAUACAAUUAUUUUAUACAGUUAGAGAACUAUUCCGCUCUGCUCAUAUCAUUUUUUCCAGUAUCUUGCCCAGAUGGGAUGAUGACUUUUUAUAUGAACAUAGUUUAAUAUACAAUUAUAAUCUAGAGCAGCUUUCUCUAAAAUUACCUGAUUGUACUUUUAGCGAAUUUACUUCUGUUUUCCUGGAGGACGAUUCUUUAUUUAAAGCCGAUGGACUUCAUCUAAAUUUCGCUGGCAGUUCUGAACUUUCGUGUUGCUUCGAAUUUUUCAUUCAAGAACAUUACAAACCUACAUGUGCUAUCAACAAAUCCAGUUGGAUUCCUCCUGAACUGAAAAAACUCUACACUCCAAAACCUUCUAAAAUUAAAUCAGCUCCAAGUUUGAGGAACUCGUGUUACAAUAAUCAAAAGAAGAAUAACCGGUAUACAUACAGAAAUCAAGUCAGCCGUCAUUGGAAGCUUGGGCCUAGCUUCUCCGAAGAUGGGUUUCAAACAUCAACAAAAUCCGUAAAAAUCAAGCCUCUCCCUCCGCUUCCUCCUCACCGCCACUACCCGGAGUAUAGGACAGAAGCCCUCAUCCCUUACGUUAAUCUACAUGUGCACGUGAACCAUCCUCUCUCAUCAUCUGUCCCACUUCCUUCUUGCACUAGCAAGUAUGUUGAUAGGAAACGACGACGGAAAAGACACCACAAAAGGAAGAAAAGAAAAGCUGAAAAGAUCAACUAUGAUGUCAUUCCUGUCAGCAUACAUAAUCAUGAUGUUCAAGUCCAUCCUGCAGCUGGACCCAGUCCGCCACCACCAUCCAAACCACGGCCGACUUCUUUGCACCUCUCAGCCAGACCAAACCCCUCAACAUUCUUUGCCCCUACACCUCUCCAUCUUUCAGCGUAUACUCCGUUCCAACCAGUUCCUGUACUUGUAGAUGUGGAGCAUUUUACUGCCAUCACAAUGUCUCCUGAUCGCUUUCAUCACUCACCACGUCCUCCAGAUAAUCUUCAUAAUUCCUGCUGUGACUGCUAUCAUCUUGCCUGUAUCUACGUUUCUAAGCCACCAGAUAAGUUUUCUCCAUUACAUGUACCUUGUCAGUGUCUCCAGUUCUUGCCCGAAGUACACAUGUUUUAUAAUAGUAUAUUGCUGGGGUGAAGAACAAGGCACCAUGUGGUCAAACACCAUGUGGUCCUUGCCAACUUUGUACUAGAUUUUCCAAUAGGUAUUUUCACAUGUCAGCAUCAUCAUCUGAAGUUUUGAAUUGUUUAAUUCAGGAAAAAUGCCCACAAGUAGAUAUUAACAAAUGUAUUUGCAAUGCAUGUCGUCUGAAGUAUAUGAAAAAGUUGAAAUCUUGCAUAUAUACUCCUGAAAAGUCAAGAAAAGUAGAGCGGCCCAUUUGUUUCUUGUCCCAUUUUUUGAUUUGUGAUCAAGUAUCACAAGCAGAUAUUGCCUGUUUGUUAACUGAUUUUAAUAAUGCAUUUUCUCUUGAAGCAUUGUCUAUCCCACAAAUAAUUCCUAUCUGUUUUAAACACAGGGCACAACUACAUAAUAUCAAGAAAAAAGUAUUUUGUUCAGUUUGUGGAUGCAAUUUGAAACUUGGUAAAAAAUAUCCAUGUGCAAAUCUUUCUGAGGAGUCUGUAGAUAAGCUGAGAAUAGUAAAUGAUGACUUUUCAUUAGAAGAAAAUACUGUCUUAUGUCCUUCCUGUCAAAGAUAUGCUCUACGAAAAAAUUCAGCUGGGAAAUCAAUGAAAGAGCUCCAACAACAAUUUAUGAGAAAUGUCUCUGCCUCUGAAGGUAGUGAAGAUGAAGAUAAGAUACUCUGUAAAAUACUAAAUCUGUCCUAUUUAGAUAUUUCCAGGAUGUGUGAAUCAUCCAAAAGCUUUCUGUUAAGUUCUGCGUAUGAUUGUUUUUUAACGAAUGUGAAAUUAAAUAUCACUGAUCAAGACCGAUACCAUGAUUUUGUUAAAACUAAAACUUUUUUUCUGACUAAGAUUCUGGAGGAGUUUGGCGACCUUUUUAAGAUACACAGACUAGCUAAAAAAAAGGGUAUAUUUUUUUAUCUUUCCGAUCUUUCAGUGGAGUCCAUUAUAGAAGCUUGGCACAAUAGUUCUUUUGAAAAUAGAUUAUUGAAACUUAAAAGUAGUAAAGACAUAGAAACAGAAGACUCUCCCAAUGAAACAAAUACUUGUACAUCUAUUGAGAUGAAUACACAUUUUAGGAAUUUGAUUGUUAAUUGUAAUCGUAGUUUGUGUUAUCAAGGAAAGCAAAUAAGGGAACAUUAUUUACAAAAUCCUUCAUCAGUAAUAAACUUUCAGUUAACAGAUUUAUAUAAUUCAUUUAAUCCACUCGUUUGGAAUGUAAUAUCAAUGUUGACUGCCACAAAGGAAGAAAACAAAUACUUUCAAAAUUCAUCUGUUUUAGUUGAUAAGGAAUAUAUACACUUCCCCUCCUAUAACACCAAGUCAGGAGAGAAGCGCAAAUGUAAAAGGAUAAUUGCCACCUGCUUGUUACAGUUUAUUCUUAGUGAUGAAAAUAGUUAUCCUUUACAUAUUGCUAUUGGAACACUUAUCAAAAGACUCUCAAAAUCUUCAAAGCUAUUACAAUUGUGCAAUAAUUUAGGACUCACUUGCUCUGAAGAUACACUUGAAAGAUAUUGGCAGCAGCAGUUUGCUUUUAGAGAGAAGUUGGGUAUUACCUCAUCUCUCUUUCCAAAUGUAACAACAGUCGUUUCUCUUGACAAUGUUGAUGUGCGUUCCUCAUUUGCCGCUGUAAAGGCCAACGCUCCUAGGAGUUGGCAUGGCACAUCUGCAAUGGCACAACAGCCCAAACCAAAAACAGAAAAGCUACAUUUCUUAGAAAUACUUAAAGAUGAUUACUUAACAAUGGAUGUGGAUAUUGAUAAAAAUGUACAUACUGAUGAUGAUGGUGCCAGUACCUCUACGUGUACUGAAAAAGGUGGUCAUACUUUAUUUUCUGAAGCCAAAAAACCUGUUGCAAGAAAGAGAAUUCGCCUUGAUGAGUGUGCCUUGCCAUCUUCAAGUAUUAGUGAAUUAAGGUUACCUCCAAUGAAAACAUUUAUAAGAUCUCAAUUAACUGAAGAUUUUUUUUCUUGUUCUGAAGCUGACAUCCACGUGUUUAAAGAUUUUUUCAAGGAGAUGUUUAUUUAUGUUGCAGAAAGGUUUUCUCUUAUUAAUUCAGAUUUACCAAUAGUAUUGCCAAGUUUCAAAUGUAAGCUAGCGUUCCAAGAUGAUCUUGAGGUCGAGAAAUCAAUGUUUGCUUACCUAUUUGUGUUAGAUGAGAAGGCUGAUUGCCCAGCUACCCUCAAGCAUUGUUUAGGAAUUUUAUAUGAUACUUUUAAGAUAGGACAGUCUGUAAAUCACCUAAUUGUAGCAGGUGAUGGUGCUACAGUUAAACUUCUUCUCAAUUUGAAGAAAGAGUAUGGACAGGCUCUGGAUUGGAUGAUACCUUUUCUUGGAGACUGGCAUACAUUGAAAAAUUACCAGGAAGUCCUCAUGAAAAUAUUUUGGCAUGCUGGAUUAAAGGAUGUAGCUAAGUCUUCCCAUAAAAAAAUGACUCUGCAGAGUCUAGCAACAUGCUCUUCCUUUAAGAGAACUCACAGAUUUAUAUUGCAGAGUUAUGAGGCAGUUUUCAUGUGUCUUAUUAAUUCCUUUCUUGAACACAGACAAGGCAAAGAAGUUACCAUUACAAAUGAACAUUUUAUACAGCUUUUAUCAGAGGUAGUUUCUUGUGUCAAGUUUGAUGAAGGAAAACAUACAGGUAUGGACAAGUUUAAAGAUGCUGAACAAAAACUUUUGUCUGACUUAGGUCCUCUCAUUAUUGAGUUUGAUUCAUUUUGCGAGAACAUGUCACAGAAAUGUGAAACAUUCAAAUUUUGGCAUCAAUUUUUAAGAGAAGAUUGUUUUGCUUACAUAAGUUUACACACAGCUAUGAGAAAGGGGGACUGGAAUUUGCGUAUUGUAUCUUUGAAAAAGAUGGCCCCUAUUUUCCAGGCGUUUGACCGUCUGAAUUAUGCAUCUUUAAUACCAGCACAUUUGAAAAUGAUCGGUGGAUUACCAGGUCACAUUAGAGAACAUUUUGAGCGAGGAGCAUUUGUUUCAAGCAUUUCUGGUAGCAAUUUUUCCCAAGUAGGCUUUGAUGAGUGUCAUGAAAUGCUCAUAAAUAAAGAUGUGAAAAUGGCCCUUUCACACAGCUUACCUAAGGACAUGGAUAAAUUGGCAGGUACAGUUCAACAACAAGCACAAUUAAUACAUAAUCUAGAAGAGCAAUUAGGGAUUGAGAAAAAUAAGAAGUAUCAACGCGAUUUGGACAUUUCUGUCAUAAGGUCAGAAUAUGAGAACGUAAAAUUGUACUAUAGUAAACUUGAAAAUAACAUCUUUAAAUUUGAAGAAUCUCAGCCCCUUUUCCAACUUUUUACAAAAAAAAGUGCAACAAGUGUUCAACAGAAAUGUUUGUUGAAUUAUAGACCGAUGGGUGAAGAUGCAUUUUUAGCCUUUUGUCAAACUUCAGUUCUUGGUGAUACUUCUGUUAGAAAACCAGUCACCCGUAGAUUUAAUUUGAAAACAUUUGCAAAAGAAAAGGUUAGACAAAAGAAGGUGACCGAUUUAGAGAAAGAAAAUAAACUCAUAACUCUGUGCUAUAAACGAACUAUAGCCCACUCUCAAGAAACGAAUAAGCCAAUUUCUGAUCUAUGCCAGUUUCAAACAGUUCCUCGAGCAAUUUGCGCCUCUAAUGGCUUGCCAUAUAAGGGAGCAAAAUAUAUAAUAUAUAACUAUUUUGACAAAAGAUAUAAUUCACAUUAUGAAAUAAUUAAGUCUACCUUUCAAGUGCAACCUAAUUCAUGUAUCAUAAUAGAAGGAAUGAAUAUCAUAUAUACAUCACCAUUAAAACACUUCAAAUGUUUUAAGGAUUAUGCAGACUUUAUCGUAAUGAGAUGGGUUUCAUCAAAUUUUAAAAAGGGUUUCAAAGAAGUGCGCAUAUUGUUCGAUCAGGUAAAUACACAAGGGCUAUCACCUAAAGGUAUGGAGCGAUCCCGUAGAGAUGAAGUUGGUGAUGACGAAGAAGAAACAUUUGAAUAUAUUGAUGAUGAUGUUCAUCUUCCAAAUAACUGGAUGAAAUUCUUAAAAACACGUUCACAUAAGCAUAUGCUGUGCAGGUAUUUAUCUAACAAGUUUAUUGAUAUAGUCCCAUCUCAUUUUAAAAAUGCAGAACAAGUAUUUAUAACCUCUGGUGGAUUCCAUGUUGGGUUAGAAUCAUCAUUUGAGUGGUCUGGAAAAUUGCUUUCUGCCAGUGGAAGUCAUACUCACCAUUUAGUUCAUAAUCAUGAGGAAUCAGACACACAGAUUUGGCUACAUGCAUUAGAUUCUCAGUGCAGUAAUAUCCUUAUCUAUUCCAUUGACCGUGAUAUUGCCAUGAUUGGACUUCCCUUAGAUUUUGCUCAAAAUAAAUCUGUGAUUAUUCAGUUCGAUGCCAAGGUAGGACAAGAAAAGUUUCUGAACCUAAUCAAUUUACAAUUAGCUUGUGAAAAUGACAGUGAUUUAUCCCAGUUAAAGAAUAAAGGUAUUCACAUUAGAAAGUGCCUUCAAAUGCUAUACAUCUGUUCUGGCUGUGAUUUUGUUUCUUUUUUUGCACACAAUGGGAAAACCACUUUUCUGAAAUUGUUUUUCCAAUAUGGUCCAUUUAUUGCUGCAAAUUCUCCUGAAACACAUGGUACAUUGUGUGAAAGCUCUUUGAAUGAGAACUUUGAGAAUGGUUUGCUAUCAUUUUAUCGCCUUAUUUUAUGUGUAUAUUAUCAUUCAAAUCGAGCAUGCUUGCAUAAUUUCAGUUCACCAAUAGAUUUAUAUAACAGUAUAAGUGCAGACAAUGUGCUUGAGCAGCAUAUUAAGGCUCUUGAUGUUGUUAGAAGAGCAUCCUGGAAAGGUGUUUAUGAAGAUGGACUGUUACCAUCAAGUAGUGCUCUGAGAUUUCAUUGGAUGCGGGCUUGUUGGGUCCAGACCGUAUGGAGUAAAACUGAAAGUGCUAUUUUCUUUUACCCAGACAUUAAUUUGUAUGGUUACACUGUUUCUCUUGAUAGUGGAAUUGUGACUUGCAAAUGGGAUUCACAAGAAAAUAUAGAUAAGAUAAAAUCAAAUGUUAUUUAUUUGACAAGAGGAUGUGCUUGUGCGAAAAGUAAAUGUGCUACAAAUAUAUGUAAAUGCAAAAAAGAAAAGAAAUAUUGUGGACCAGGAUGCAGAUGUUCUCAAUGUACAAACAUUGAGAACACUGUUGAACAAAAUCAUUAUUCAAGUGAAAGUGAGGAAGAUACAGAAGAAAAUGUGUCCUAUACCUUACAUGUAAGUGAUAAUGAAAGUGACAUUGAAAGUGUUCUUGGUGAAAUUACAGACCAUUCACACAACGGUGAGUCAGAAGACUCGGACGAGGAUAUUCUAUAACUACAUGUACAUGUAUGACAAAAGCAUGCCGUAUCGUCGUCAAAAUGAGCAUUGUUACAAUUGUACAAGACCAUAUAGGGAGUUAGGGACAUUUGCCCCUCCCCCUUGAAAAUGUUGAAAACUUGAAAUCUAUGAAUGUGACAGAUACCUUUGUGUUACAAAUAUGGUAAAUGUAUCAUCAGACAUUCUAAACUACAUGCUAAGCAUAAAGCAGGAUGAAAGGAUUAUACAAAAGAAUGAAACAGAAUUAGAAACCUGUACCUUGGAUCUGCUUAGCACUUGCACUUACAUGUACAUGUAGGGUUUACAGACUAUUGAACUUUGAAUACUACAUGUACUUAAGGGUACAUACUAUGCAAUAUUUUGCAAAUAAUAUCAGGGAUAACCUUUUUCAAGUGUGUGAUUUAAUUGUAUUAUCAUCUUAGUAUUCAUCUUUUAGUGUGUUGUAUAGAGUAUUAAAAACUUUAUUUUUUUCAUGUUUUGAAGCUGUUGUAUAUAAGAUAAGUAUAAAGUUCACAACUUCAUGUCCAUUCCUUGCUAUAAUGCUGUUUACAUACAUGUAUUGUAUGAUUUUAUGUAUUGAACUCACAAUGGUCUUUCUACAUGAAUGUGUCAAUAGAUCAGUUUUUCAUAUUCUACAAAAUCGCAUGUGUCAGGACUAGGAAUAGCAUCAAUACAAAAAGCCAAAUGUGAUCCAUAAAUGUUACCAUGGCAUAAUCAAAAGUGGAUGUAAAAUAUCCACCAGUCUAACUUGUUUUAAAGAAAAAUUUCUCUUCUGGUUCGUACAAUGAUUGUCUUGAACCAUAUUUAAACAAUGUUAACUUUUUCAAGUGUGUGAUUUAAUUGUAUUAUCAUCUCAGUAUUCAUCUUUUAGUGUGUUGUAUAUAGUAUUAAAAACUUUAUUUGUUCUUGUUUUGAAGCUAUUGUAUAUAAGAUAAGUAUAAAGUUCACAACUUCAUGUCCAUUCCUUGCUAUAAUGCUGUUUACAUACAUGUAUUGUAUGAUUUUAUGUAUUGAACUCACAAUGGUCUUUCUACAUGAAUGUGUCAAUAGAUCAGUUUUUCAUACUCUGCAAAAUCACAUGUGUCAGGACUAGGAGUAGCAUCAAUACAAAAAGCCAAAUGUGAUCCAUAAAUGUUACCAUGGCAUAAUCAAAAGUGGAUGUAAAAUAUCCACCAGUCUAACUUGUUUUAAAGAAAAAUUUCUCUUCUGGUUCGUACAAUGAUUGUCUUGAACCAUGUAUAAACAAUGUUGAAUCUGCUGAGCUGCCCAUUUCGAUGCAGUUAAAAUUAUUCUAACAUUAAUUUUGGCUUGUUUACCUAAGAGUCAUUGGCAUAAUAAUGAAAUCUUUGUCAUGGAUAAUAUUUAUGAACACAUAUGAUUAUGACAUUCAUUCUGGAUAUGUGAUUUAAGUGAUUUAAACCUUGAAGUAUUUUUAUUUAUGAUAUUGUUUACUGUGCUGCCUACAAUGUAUUUUGUUCUGUGAUACACAUGUAGAUGAAAGUGUUCUUGCCAAGUUUACAUGUAUUUAUAAGAGGCUGACAGACCAUUCCUGCCAUGAAGAACAUAAUGGAUCUUCCUAUUACUAUAUAUAUAUUUAUUUAUACAUGUACAUGUGUAAAGGAAAAAUUUUUUAUACAGUGUGCCAAACUUUUUUUAUUGGUCUGAGGUAAUUUAAGUUACUUACGGACUCAUAUAUAACUAUGUUUUAGUAUUCUACCAACAUGUACGUGCUACAAUAGAUAACAGUAUUCUUGCCCAGUUUGGUAAAUAUGAAAGAGGCUGGCAAUGUUUCAUGUAUUUGUAUUAUCACAUUUUCCUGUGAUAAGAUUUACUAUACCAACAUGUGUAUUUAAUGUUGUAGUUGAUAGAAAGCAGUUAGUGGAUUUGUUCUUGCUAUGAGAGACAUGAAUACAAUUUGUCUUGUUUUGUGAUCAGCUAUGGUUGAUUUUAUUGUUUUGGUUUUGAAAAGGGAAAAUACAU